ACCACUUUCUCUCCACUCACCGGCCGGAAAUUCACCGCCGUCCUCCUCUCUCUCUUACAUACCGGGUCUUCUUCUACUUGUGGGAGGUAUUUUACAGAUCAUACAAAUACAUUUUUUAUUUGUAGUUGCAAGACCUGCAACAGCUAUGCCAGCCAUGGAUAUGGAAGUGGAGACAAUUCAAAGAAAACAAUCCCUCUAUCAAUCCAUGGAUGAGAUGUUUGAGAUUCAAAAGGAGAUGUACAAGGGUCAACAAUAUAGUCAGAUAUACUAUAUACGGUUACACUUGAUCAGAACUCUCAUUUACUCUCUCCUUCCCAAUUGGAAGCCUCACUUGCCAGUGUGUACAGUUUUAGGGCUAGAGGAAGGCAAAGAGUGCAUUGUUGUUGGAACACUCUAUAAGCAUAUGAAGCUCAAACCUACCAUUCUUAGUGAGUAUUCAAAAGAGAUGUCUGCAGCCCCGCUUGUAAGCCCUUACAAUUUUGUGCACCCCGAUGAUAAUUUGGUUCUUGAAGAUGAAAGUGGAAGAGUAAAUCUCAAAGGCAGUGUACUAUCACCUUCUGUAUAUGUAACAGGAAAUGUUGUUGCAUUGCAUGGCAAGGAAACUAGUGCAGGUGAUUUUCUGGUUGAAGAUAUUCUUGAAGCUGGCUUACCACCACAGCUGGAUCUACCAAAUAAAUCAGGAGAAGACAAAUAUGUUGUCUUAGUAUCUGGAUUGAAUGUUGGUAGCAGCUCUUCUAAUCCACUUCAACUGCAGCUUCUUGUUGAUCACAUUACCGGACAUCUAGGAGAUGAGAAGGAGCAACACUCAGCUGCUCAAAUAGUUCAAGUAGUUGUUGCUGGGAAUUCUGUUCAAAUUCACCAUGAGCUUCUUAAUGGUCAGAACUUGGCCUCCAAGGACCAAUCUAGGUUAUCUGAGCCAAUCAAAGAGCUGGAUAUCUUUUUGACCCAGAUUGCUGCUGGUAUACCUAUAGAUAUCAUGCCAGGAUACAACGACCCUGCAAACUUUGCUCUGCCACAGCAGGUUCCUUUGAACAGAUGCCUUUUUCCCGGAUCAGUGGCCUAUAACACAUUUAGGUCAUGCACUAAUCCUCAUCUCUUUGAUGUGGACAACGUGAGAUUUCUUGGAACAUCCGGUCAAAAUAUUGACGAUCUUGAAAAGUAUUCUGAAGCAGAAGAUAAAUUGGAAUUUAUGGAAAGGACGUUAAGGUGGAGGCACCUAGCCCCAACUGCACCAAAUACACUCGGAUGUUACCCCUUCACUGAUAGGGACCCUUUCUUCAUCGAGAGCUGUCCACAUGUUUACUUUGUUGGUAAUCAGGAUAAAUAUGCAACUCGGAUAGUAAAAGGAUCAGAGGGUCAGGUGGUGAGAGUCGUAUGCAUUCCAAAGUUCAGUGAGACAGGCAUUGCUGUUAUGGUGAACCUGAGAAACCUGGAGUGCCACACUCUUAGCUUCGGGACUCAAAUCAGCUCGUAACUACUAAUCAGGUUUGCAGAUGGUCGUUAGAUGACAACCACUUUUGUGAAAGACGACCACUUUUGUGAACUCUUGAUGUACAAUCGUGACGUUUGAAGUGGUUCCCCAGUUCAAGCAUGCACUUAGCAGCCUCGUGGCGACCAUGCACAGAACCAGAUAGAAGAUUCGCCGUCAGUUUACUUGUUUCGUAACUGUAUUUGUCGUAUAACAGCCUGUAUGGCCAUGAAUGAUCAGAUAUGUGUUGGUUUUCGAAUGCUAGCAGUCGGAGACGGGCUUGUUAUUAUAUUCUAACAACUUAUUGUAACAACAGUUGUACUAAUGUGAGU